GUUUUUUUAGCGUUAGCCUUACAGCUUCUUUGAUGUUCUUUUAUUAUUGGGUAGUUUGAAAGCUAUUGUGUCACCAAUGCUUAUGAUUUCUAACUGAUUGUAUAGGUACUGUGUGACCACCUAACAGUGUGCUAAUAUGGAUGGUAGAUUAACUUCCUGUCUAACCUCACUGUCUAACCUAUACACGUAUAUAUACGCCCUAGUCCCGUAAUUAGUCUUGCUUUAGGUAUUUAACGAUUAAACUGGACUUCUAGUCAUUAGUAAAUAUUUCUUUCAAGUUAAAUUUUAGAAUAGCAAACCUCCGGACUUCAUAAUGGGUAACCCAUCAGUUCAAGAAAUCCUACGAUCAGUUCAAGACACCACCACAACCAAGCCCAAGUUUUCGGAAGACGAAAGGAACCGUUAUGAACAAUGGGCCACACCGCUCACGCGUGCCGCGAUUGGCCUCGCAUCCUGGUUACCGGAAGUCGACGCCGCGGCAAUUAUCGAAUUCGUCGAAUUUCCAAAGAUACGGCUGGCUGUAUCUAAAUUUGAAGGUGAAUAUUGGUCGAAAGUCUCCGAGUUUGACCGCUCGCACCGGUUUAUCAGCAGUAUAGAUUUUAGGAAAGCCGCGGCUAGCUUCCAAUAUUCCCCUGUGGUCGACCGCCCGGAUUUUAAACUCAGAAGUCUACGCCCAGAGCUACCACACCAUCAUAUUGCGACAUUCAUGCGAGAAGUGUUUACUUGGACCGUGGUGGAGAGAGCCGAUUUGGCGAUCCGGCCGUAUUUACUACCAGGGAAUAAAUACCAACUUCCCAUUCUAGUUGGUACGCUUGCGGCUUAUCUAUUUGUUUCCGGCAACAAUCAUAUGCCGGGAACCGCCAAAGAAGAUAUGUCUGGCUCAUCGUCACAGAAGCAAAAGCUGCCGGUGUAUCCGGAAUGGCGGGCCCGUCACGAUCCUAACGACCCGGAAGCUUCUCGACGUCUCUUAUACUUAUCUUAUGAGAAUGCCGAUCGAUAUCGCGUACACCAGGAGUAUAGCGAGGCUGGAUGGCUGGAGACCUUGAUGCAACAAUUGAAGCAACAAUUGGAGAAAGAAUUCUUACGUAAUACUCAAGAAGAAGCAGAAGCGGAUAGGUAA